UAAAAAAAAAAAAAAAAUGCGCACGAGUCACACAUUAGCAAUAUUCUGUGCAGUAAGUGGACUUACGAUCAUAUUUACUGAUCAUGACAUAUAUUUACAUAAAAUUGCGCGAUAAAAAUCAUUUUAUUAUUCUUUUAUUGCAUAUACAGCUGUGCAUAAUCGUCGAGUGCAAUGGAACUAUUUCAACCCGAGUUGCUAGAACACUUCCGUUCGAUAUGUUCCCUUCAAGAUGGACAGCUAUGCUUCGAACAUUGUGGUCUAAUGGAAGAUUUUGGGAAUGGCCAAGAAAUGGUGUAGAAACUUUUCUAAGAAUUAUAGCUUCUCCGGAUACUAGAAAAAAAAUAAUGUUCGAAUUUAGACCAGAAGACGGGCCUCGGGCCUCACUUGAUUAUCAAAGACGUUAUGGCUAUCGAGGUCAGUGGUUGAUCGAAUUAUUGGGUUCCGGUUUUCAUCCAGAUGACGUGCCUUAUCGACAACCGUUACCUCCUUCCGUGUUGGUACCACCACCACCAUCUUUUUAAUUGUUAUAUAUCUUAUUAAUUUAUAUGGACGAAGAAGGAAUGUAAAUACAACCAAGAAUAAUUAAAAAGUGAUUACGUGUAUUUUUGAAUUAAAAAUGAAAAAAUUAAACUGCCCAGAUUUUAAUAUAAUCUAUGUGUAAACCGAUAUCGCUCACUCUCCAAGAUUUUAUCCAAUCGUUUUCUGCUAAGUAGAAGUGGUAAAGUGCCUACAAUCAAUAAUGUGUUUAAGAUGUACGUUCUUGUUAA